UUCACUCGCGGUUAUUAGUCGGCCGCGCGCGCUCCGACGAGCAUGUGUUUCGUGUGACGCGCUUCGCUACUUCGCGGCGGCACGUUCGAUUUCGUUGACGAGUCGAUCGUGGUGCGAGAUGGCUCCGCGACGGCAGGGUGCCACCGGGGAGCGCGAGGCGGAGGACGCAUUCGGCUGCUGCGUACCCGGGGAAUGUCUUCGCCCUCGCGAGCCGGUGCGGGUGGAAGAUGCUAUUCGCGUACUCUGCAAUAACGACACGUGCGCCGCCGGCCGGUACAUGCACCGAGAAUGUUUCGAGCAAUGGGAAGGAGGAGUGCUCGCCUAUCUCAAGUCCUGUGGCCGAGCGCGAUCCUGGUCGGAGCGGCAGAGACACCAAAAUUUAUGGACAAAAAAGGGUUACGAUCUGGCGUUCAAAGCUUGCGGGUGCCGCUGCGGCCGCGGGCAUUUAAAGAAAGACUUGGACUGGGCACCGCCUUGUGCUGCCGUGAGAUCGGACGACGAGAAGAAGAAGCGCAGACGAGCGAGAUCCGGUCGCACGCCGGCGGCGGUAGAUACGCGGUCGAGAGCAUUCAGCCUGUCCAGCUCUGGGUCCUGCUCCCCGCCGUCAGCAUCUUCCGAGCCUUCCACCAGUCCCACCCAUGCACCGCCUCAUACCAUGACACCGGCCAAGAGGAACUCCAAAACUGAACUCGUCUCAGAUCGUAUUAGAGCUGGAGCUGGCGCGAAUGGGAUAUUUUCUAGAAGAUUGGACUUUUCUACCUUCAACCUUCUACCGAAGCACAAAGUCAACUCAUAUCAAAUUAAGAUCGAAGACGAGGGUAACCAUGGCAACGACGACACGCGCCUGUUCAUCCUGUCGACGCUGGCCGGCCAGCACAAGCCGCGGGUGUCGUGUGCGCUGUGCAAGGAGACCCUGCACGUCUUCGACCGGUAUCCACUGGUUGACGGCACCUUCUUCCUCAGCUCGAGGCAGCACACGAGCAGCGCGGUUGAGGUGAAAGUGGAGGGUCGCACGCAGUACCUGACGUGCGUGUGUAUGGGCUGCCUGGAGCGCUGCGACCCCGAGCGCACCAUCCGCUGCCGGUUCUGCGGACAGAAGUGGGACGGCUCCUCGCUCGUGCUGGGCACCAUGUAUUCCUACGACAUCUUCAUGGCCACGCCCUGCUGUGCUGAGCGGCUCAAGUGCAACAACUGCUACAAGCCGCUGCUGCACCCGCACCAGCGGCUGAACUACUCGGACUACUCGCACCCGGUGACGUGCCCGCACUGCCGCGUGCUCGACACGCACUUCGUCAAGCCGCUGUCGUACUGCUUCACGAAACGGGCGUUCCCGCUGUUCCAGCAGUGGCCAUAACAAU